AUCGUUCAAACGACCAAGACACGGCUUCAGUCGUCUUCUGGGCUUGUUUGAAUCCACUCUGUUAUCAGAAAAACUCUUGCACUUGACUCACUGACCUUAUUUGAAUUGUCGUAUACUGUUAGUUGUAAUUGAUUCAAAUUUUUCUUCAAGGAAAUCAAGGCUCAAAUGAAAUUCGAAAUUGUCUGCUUGUGUCUCCUCUUACAAGUGGCCGUUCGGGCAGAAGACAUCUGGAAAUGGUCCUCUUCGACUCCGCUAGUCUCCACAACCGAAGCUUCUAGCACAACCGCCGCCAGCACGCAAGAAAGUAGUUUCAGAUAUGCCGGGUUAACUACAGCGGAAAUAGUCGAAUCUAAUGAUUCUUAUCAUGUUGCAGUCAGCGAUGAUGCAGGGAAAUACUCACCUGCGGCACCAGCCACUAGUCACGAAGUGUUGCCAGAAGUAGACAGUUACAUUCCCGUUGAUGCUGGAACGGCCUCAGUAAAAGAAACUUACGAAGUCGUUUACGAAGAUGUGUCUAGUGAAAAAUCUCUUCAAGAGGCCAAAGAUAACGAAGCUCGCACUCACCUCAAAGAGAAGCUCUGCAGACUUGGAUUGGCCAAAGAGUGUUUCAAAUUGGAAGCCAAGUCCUAUGGGGUCGGUAUCGAUCCUUCUGUUGUUUCCUACGUCCAGCCGGUGGCUAUUGUUCCGGUUGGAGACCCCGUUCCUGCAGUUCCACUUGGAGUGGGCGUCGGUAAGUUCCGAUCAGUUCAACAUGGCAAAAUCUCAAAAGGCAAAUCGAAAGGCCAACCGGCCAGCAGAUUUGGAGGUCCUUCACUUCUCCCACUCGGCCCAUACGGCGGUAAUAGUCUAGGUACUGGUUAUGGCGGAUUUGGUAGUUUAGGUGGUAUUACGUCACUUCCUAUACCCUCAAGACUUCCGCCAGCUCCAGUUCAGCAUGUCCACCAACAUCAUCAAGUUGUUUCAUCUCCUCAAAUCUUAACCGCUCCUUACAGCGCUGCUCCUCCGCCAGUAGUCUACAAAUCUCCUCCUUCGUACAAUCCUCCGCCUCAAGUUUACCAACCUGCCCAGGCUCCUUCAUAUAAUCCCCCGCCCCAAGUUUACCAACCUGCCCAGGCUCCUUCGUAUAAUCCCCCGCCCCAAGUCUAUCAACCUGCACCUCCAGUUUACCAACCUGCUCAGACUCCUCCUCCACAAGUUUACCAGCCUUCUCCUCCGGUAUACAAUCCUCCUUCUCCACCGCGACAAGAAUACAACAAUCCAGCUCCGGCCCGGCCAUACAAUCCUCCUCCAUCCACGUCAUACACCAACGGAGUCAACUCUUACGUCCAGCGAGAACAAUGUGUCUGCGUGCCGAUUGGGCAGUGUCCUUCUUAUGACAUUAUCGGACGUGAAGGUCGCGACUAUCAAAUAGAUCCUCGAUCCAAGUUGAAUUUGACUGGCAUUAUCUCUGAUUACGACGAAGAAAUCGUCGUUGGCAAAGUGCCUGAAGUACAACCGCAAGUCGCUUCAAGUUCAACGGAAGAUUCGAUUCGUCCUCGCCGCCAGAAUCCUCAUCGCAGACAGGCCAUUGUCAGAGGCGACAUUGAUCCUUCAAAUGAAGCCGGCGAAAUAUCUAAGCCUAGUGGCCCUCCAGUCGAGAAAUCUGAAGAUCCUGUCGUAAUUACCGGUAAAUCGAGGAACUUCAACAGACCGCAGAGGUCAGCCCGAGGGGGGCCGUACGGAGAGGAGGCGUCAUUGAACGGACAAGGAAUUCAAAGAGUUGGUUUAGCUUUUGAGGACGAAGUUUCCGCCCGAACCCAUCAUUACGGUUUUGGCAAAGGUUUUAAAAAAGCUUUCGGCAAAGGCUACGGUGUUCCGUUUCCAGUGGCUACACCUGUCGCCGUGCCACAACCUUACGGAGUACCUUACGCUGUGCCUCAACCUGUUCCUGUGCCUCAACCCUACGCUGUACCACAGCCCGUUCCUGUUAGAGUGCCUGUCGUCCAACACGUUCAUGUCCAAGUUCCAGUUCAUGUUCCAGUCAGGGUGGAAGUUCCUGUCCAUGUUCCAGUUCGUGUAGAAGUCCCUGUCCGAGUUGAAGUCCCUGUACCGGUGGCAGCUCCUUAUGCAGUCCCUGUACCGUAUGAGCAACCGAUCCUGGUACAUCACCACUAUCAUCGCCAACAUUACGCUCCUCCACCGGUGCCUUUUUAUCCCCCAAAGGCUUCCGUCUAUCAUCCAGGGGCUUAUCAGCCUCCAGCGUAUGGGACUCCCACUCACGGAUACAGCGGCCCUGUACCGAGUUACUCCGCUAGCUACGAGCAAGCUGCUUACUAUGGAGCAAAGGAAGGAUCACCUUCUCCACCAGAAGCCACGGGGCAAACUCAGAGUGUAGGGCAAGUUCACUCGGCAGUGGCAGAAACUAAUUCACCUGCGCAAUUACAGACAACUGGGUUCGAUUCAAUCACUGUUCAGGCCGCUCCAAAUCGAGGAGCCAGAACUAACGAACAACAGCCUAGAACUCGAACUAGUGCAGUACGUUUUAUUGAAUCCCGUUCUGGUCACGCUGAAACCUCCUCCUCUCCUGCGGCAUCGUCUACUACAUCUUCCGCUGUCAAAUUCGAAUCGGCAAAGAGGAAGCGAUCACCUCAGAAACAAGAUUACGUGGAUACAGAAGGUCGCCAAGUUGGCGGACAGCAAACUUGUAGCUACUCGCAAGUAUGUUGCCGAUCUUCGCCAUCAUCUAAUCGAUACUCUGGUGGAGCGCCAGCCGGAACUUGCGGGAAACGAAAUCCACAAGGCAUCAACGGCCGCAUUAAAAGUUUACCCCACUCUGAUGGAGAAGCCGAAUUUGGCGAAUAUCCAUGGCAAGUUGCUGUUUUGAAGAAAGAUCAAUACGAUAACGUCUACGUUUGUGGAGGAGCUCUAGUCGGACCUUCUCACAUCCUCACUGUAGCUCAUUGCAUCAAAGGAAAUGCUCCUCGUGAUUUAAGAAUUCGUUUGGGCGAGUGGGAUGUCAACCGAGAGUCGGAAUUCUAUCCGCAUAUCGAAAGAGACGUCAUCUCUGUUAUUAUCCACCCGGAAUACUAUCCGGGCAAUCUCUACAAUGACAUUGCCGUCAUCAAAUUUGAAGGGGCUGUCGACUUUGGUUACAAUCCGCACAUUGCUCCGAUUUGUGUGCCCCAGAGAUAUCAAGAUUUUGCUGGAUCUCGGUGUUGGGUUUCCGGAUGGGGAAAAGACGCAUUUGAAACUGGAGGAAAAUAUCAGAAUAUUCUCAAGGAAGUAGACCUAACUGUAGUUGGCAAUUCCGAGUGUGAAAACAAAUUGCGUCGUACAAGGCUAGGCUACGAAUUCAAUUUACAUUCCGGAUUCCUCUGCGCCGGAGGUGAAGAGGGAAAAGAUGCCUGCAAGGGCGAUGGUGGAGGCCCGUUGGUGUGUGAAAAUCGUGGUAGCUGGUUCCUGGCAGGCCUCGUUAGCUGGGGCAUCGGUUGCGGUCAAUACGACACUCCCGGUGUUUACACGAAAGUGUCCGAAUUCUCCGAUUGGGUCCAAAAGACGGUCGUCUUUUGAUGUGAUCCGUCAACACAUCACUAACUGUAUAGUAUGUUUAAGAGAAAGGUUUUAAUGCAAGUUUUAUAAUGAGCAAUUUGAAUGAUACUGUUAUAAAUUUUUAUUGGACGAAAUAAUUUUUUUACGACGAUGUUUGUCGUUUGUGUUAACACAGCUUGUAAGCGGCUGAGCCGCAGUUCUAAUUUGAAAUGGGGUAAUACACAUGAUCAUGCUUG